AUGGACCACGAGAUGACCCCGGAGAUCCAGAUCCAGCAAUUACCAACUGAGCCGCCCGAUUCCUCCAACCGCGACCGCGACCUAGCUAACAUGCACUCCCAGUGCUGGCGCUUCGCCCAGGCUCUUUACCCCUCUUCAGUUCUCCGCGAGGCUCCAACACAAGGUUAUUGCUCUUACACUCUUCAGCUCGACCACGACGCCAUCAUCCAGUUCCGUCCAUGGAGACACCGUCUGGAUCUCGAGCUCAUCUCAGCGGUACGAGACACAUUCGGCGAACUGGCACCUGUUACCCAGCUACUUGGCACGGUCCACAUCCGCAGAAGUGCAUCCAGAGACCAAGAAGCAGAAGAGCAAGACGAUGACGACAACCCAGGCUCCCUCUUGGUGUAUGCCCUCUCCCGGAUCCCAGGCACCCCACUCUCCACCUUCCUACACCACCAACUCCCAUCCAGGGCGCAACUUGAGCCGUUGAUCCGCUCUUUUGCCCGGCUCUACGCAACCGCCUGGACCUCUGCCCUCCCCGCAUCCUCCCCGCUACUCCCUGCUCUGAAACGCCGCAUCGGCCUAAGCCUCCGCUGGCGACUGGAGCAGAUGCAUGCCCACCUCCCGGCACGGUUCCGCGGCACCGUUGGCCAACUUCUCGCCGCGCUGGGGGAGGUGGAGGCGCUUCCGUGGGCGUUGACGCACGGCGACCUGGUGCCGACUAACAUCAUGGUAGACCGGGCCCGGGAAGACGGGAGCUUCCAGCUGAAGGGCCUCAUUGACUGGGCCGAGGCAGAGUACCUCCCGUUUGGGGUGGGGCUCUACGGGCUAGAGGAGUUGCUGGGGUUUGCUUCAGGCGGAAAGGGGGAGGAAGAUGGGGGAGGCAAAACUGCUCGGUACCCACCGCUGGGAAGUACGUUUGCCUACUUCGCUUGCGCGGAAGAGCUGAGGGCGAUUUUCUGGGAGGAGCUGGGCGCCGCUGUGCCGGAGCUGGUGACUGACUUGGCCUUGCGCGCAACGGUUGAACAUGCGCGGUUAUUGGGGUUGCUUUUGUGGCACGGCAUUGCCUUCGACAACGGAGCGCUCGACCGUGUCGUCCGCAUCGGAGAGGAUGACGAGGAAAUGCAGAGAUUGGACCUGUUUCUCCUUGCGCCAAAACCCCAGGGUCGUGCUUCUGUGGGCUCGUAUACAACCACCGACGGCAUGCGAACGAGCUUCGGCAAAACCAGCAGUUUACUUGACGUUGGAGAGACCGAUGAGACGACCAUCAAGAUGGGUAUGAGAAUCCCCGUUACUGUCGGUGAGUACUGUACCGGGUAA